AUGCGCCAGCGGGACAUCAGUGACACAUGUGACGAGUUAAUUGAAUUGACCGAGACUUGGUCGCUUUGCAACGACGACAUCUACCGUAUCGCGAAUCAGCUGUUAUCGCUAGCAUUUGCAGUUAAAUACUUUGGUAACGACACUCUUCGUUCUAGAGUUUGGCGUGUCUGUGUGUCGUUCUACGCGGAGCUGGAAGCUCUGGGCGAACAAGUGGAACAGCGUCCCAACUUUAACUACGAUUGCGUUUAUCUAUUGUUACAUCGAACCCUUGACACCAGUUCCAAGACUGACGAGAAUGAGGAUGUUUUGGUAGAGGAAGACAAAUCGACUAUGUUUUCGAUAUGUCCAAUAUCACGUCGACCAAUCACAUACCCUGUGUCGCAACGGUUUUCACACGGUGAAGACUCUUGUGAGCAUGUAUUUGAUAAUUCCAGCAUAACGGAAUUGCUGCGGUCGUCCAACAGCUCAUCAGUUGACUGCCCUGUCGCAGCCUGCACAAAGAAGGUGUAUAAAUCACGUUUACACCGGGACUGGGAGAGUGUCCAUUGGCGACGCCACCAGGACUACGUGAAAACUGUGGAGUCUGCCAAGGCUUUGUUUAACAAAGGAGCGCUAUACCUAUAA